AUGAUGUCAACCGAAGAAGAAAUGGAAUAUCAGUCUUAUCCAUCUGCAUCAGUCAAUAUUCCAAUGUCUUCUGCUCGUCGUCGUUCAGUAUCUCGAAGACGUGAUCGUAGUUUGAAUUCUGUUCACUUUCAAAAUCUCAAUCGUACGUCUAAACGUGCAGCUUCUACACCGAAACCAACUCGUCCUAGUGGUCGUACUUUAAAUCAAUCAUCAACCAACAAUCAAUUAUCAACCAACAGUCAAUCAUCAACCCACAAUCAAUCAUCAACCAACAGACAUGUUGCUAUUUCUCUUCUUUCACCUAUUCAUCCAUCAAAUUCACCUGAUCGUUCUCAAUCACCAGCUCCACUAUUGCCUUUCGAUUGUCCAUCAGAUGAUGAACAACAUCAACAGCAGAACAUGCAUAUUACAACUCGAUCUGGUAAAAUGAAGAAAGAUACAGUUUUAUCAUAUUUUACUCUACGAUCAGAUGGUCAAUACGACUGCAAUACUUGUCAUCAGACACUCCCGUUAAUACAACAUGCAACCACAAAUGCAGUAUUAAUAUCAAGAAAUAAUGUACAACCAAUCGAAUCACCAAUGCGUCGACCGCAUCCCUCAUCAAAUGAUGAACUGUCGGAGACGGAAAGCUUCAUGAAUGAUAUUAGUACAAGAACAGUUCACAAUCAUAAACGUACCAGAUUGAAUGCAAGCAAGUUACAUCAACAACAACCAACAAUAACUACAUCGGUUCAUACAUCUUUAAAUAAUCGUACUCAUGUAACAACAACAAUAGAUGAAGUGAUCUCGAUCGAAGCUGAACGUUUUGCACAAUCAAGAUAUCCCUUUCCACCCUUUAUCAUUCGUUUCGCAACGCCAAAUAUUAAGGAACAAACAGUGUCAGAAGAUCUUCGUAAACAUUUAAAACAACAUAAUCAACUAGAUAUCGAAUUUGUCGGCUAUCGACGUUCAACAAAUAAAUGCAGCAAUAAUGAAAUUGAUAUACUAUUAUUUGUAAAAGAUAGUUAUUCAUUCGCAUGUCUAUUCGAUGAUUCCAAUUGGCCUACAUUGCUUAAUGGAGAAAUGUUUGUUCGAUCUCAUAAACCACCAAUACCACCUCAAUUGUCAUUAAUAAUUAAAAACGUUGGAUUAAAUAUUGAUUGGGUACAUUUCUCUAAUGAAUUAAAAUCAAACUAUUCUGGUAUUGUCAAUGUUAUAAGAAUGAAAAACAAGAAAUAUGAAAAUAUUAAACUUAUCAAAAUCGAAUUUGAUAAACCUAAACAAAGAAAUUAUAUUUUACUCAAAGGCAAAAUUAUGAUCGAAUGUUUAUCAUAUGAAGUAGAAGAAUAUUUAGCACCUGCAAGGGACUUCCCGAGUCUACCUAGUGCUCAAAAAUCAACUAUUCAAGGUUAUAAAACUAAUAACCACAUUAAUGUAAUAUUAGAAAAAUUAUCCUCGACAAACGCUAAAUUUGAACAAUUCAUGGCCAAUGUAAUUGAACAAGAUAAAAAAGUGGAAAUGAACAUACAAGAUUUACAAAAGAAUGGACAAACAAUGAUGUCUCAUAUUACACAACUACAAGUUUAUUCAAUUCGACAUGAAAAUCUUUUUAAAAAAGUAUUCUUACCAAUAAUAGACGACUUGUCGAAAUUUGUGUUAAGUAUGAAUCAGGAUAAACAUGAUAGAGUUGUUGAUGCCGAUUUCGGUGUUACACUUGAACGAUUACGGACACAAUUGAAUAAUGCACUAGAAGGAAAAGACUUUUGUUAA